GAUGAAAUGUUUUUAAAUACAAGUUGCUGUAUUUGUUUAGAUGACUUUGAGACAGGUGACUUUGUUUGGCAGUUACAGUGUUGUCACAAUUUCCAUAGUCACUGUGUAUACAAGUGGUUGAGAGAGAAAAGAAAUCGCUGUCCUCUAUGUAGCCAG